UCGUGCCAAGGUCACAUGGAUAAUGAUCAGCACAUCGUCUAUUUUAAGCAUAACGCGGAUUGCAACGGAGGCACGCAGACUUUACAAAUGAACUGGGAGUGGAGUGUCAUAUAUUCCCAUCCGUUAUGGAUGGUUUCUACGCUGAUCCUGGCCAUAGUCGUGCGCGCGCAGCGGAAAGCUGUGUGGAACCCGCGCGCUUGUCUAGUAAAGUUAAACGGAAAAACUGCGAUUGUCACCGGAGCCAACACGGGUAUUGGGAAGUUCAUUGCUCUGGACUUCGCCCGUCGUGGUGCACGGGUGAUCUUGGCAUGCCGGAACGAGGCUCGCGGGAAUGCAGCUCUGCAAGAAAUCAGAGAAAGCACUGGGAGCCAGAACGUCCAUCUGCGUCUGCUUGAUACCUCGUCGCUCGACUCUGUCCGGAAGUUUGCGGCACGCAUCUUGGAGGAAGAGAAGGAAUUACACAUUCUGGUCAAUAACGCAGGGGCCUCAGGCCUACCUAGUAAGAUCACCGCUGAUGGGCUGGAAAUUACUUUUGCAACCAAUCACAUUGGACCAUUUCUGCUCACCAGUUUGCUUUUAGACCUUUUGAAGAAAUCAGCUCCAGCUCGCAUUAUAAAUGUUUCGUCUAUGAAUCACUGGAGGGGUGAGGUAAACUUUGAUCAUUUUCGUGGCCAAAAUCUUACACAUGCGAUGGAUUCCACAUAUAACCACACCAAGCUACACAACAUCAUCUGGACCAACGAGUUGGCACGCAGGCUUCAGGGCACAGGCGUGACGGCUAACUCUCUGCAUCCAGGCGUGGUUAUGACUGAGGUAAUGAGAAAUUACAACUUCAUAGUGCGAUUCCUCUUCAACUUGGUCGGCUUUUUCUUCUUCAGAACUUCUGAAGAAGGGGCUUUCACUCCAAUAUACUGUGCAGUGUCCGAGGAAACAGAAGGAAUAACUGGAAAGUACUUUGACAGUGACUGUUCCCUGGUUUUGCCAGCACCUCCUGCUAGAGAUCCUGCUCUUGGAGUCAAGGAAUAUGAGAUUUGUGAGAGACUGACUGCUAAACCUUAAAAGGAUAGUUCACCCAAAAUUGAAAAUUCUGUCAUUAAUUACUCAACCUCAUGUCAUUCCAAAGACCUUCAUUCAUCUUCAGAACACAAAUUAAAAAGAUAUUUUUGAUGAAAUAUGAAAGCUUUCUGACCCUAAAUGUUCAAGGCUCAGAAAUGUAGGAAGGACAUUGUUAAAAUAGUCCAUGUGAUUCAGUGAUUCAACCUUAAAUUUAUGAAGUCUUUUAAAAGCUUUAUGUGAGAAACUGACUGAAAUCUAACUUUUGCCCAAUACUAAUUGUUCCAUAAGCUUCAACAGACUCAAACAUGGAUGUUACUGAUUUUUAUAACAAUCUUUUUUAUAGAGCAAAAAUGUUGUUGAAAACGUCUUUGAAUGAAGAACAUUAUAAAUGAAGACUCAUAGCUCUCUUGUACACUCAACAGCUUUUACAAGGAAUUGAUCUUCCUGAUAAAGUUUUUGAUGUUACCUUCUACAA